GAGAAUAUGUAAACAACACAUCACCUGUAAUUACAGGUAAACUUGUUUUCAGGGUAAUAAUUAGACGUUUUAUGGUUUUAUCAUAUUAUGGGAUACAUGUCCAAUUGCCGUGUUCCCUAGAGUUGAAAAUUUAGGAGACCAUUACAAAAUAGUUUAGUUUCCUCAGACAGUGACGAUUGACAUUCAAAGAUGGACAACUCCAGAAAGAUGUCUGUCCUGAGAGGAUCCCUCGACAAUCUCCCAGCAUUGAAUUCAAGAGUUGUUAGAAUAUUCAUCAGUUCCACUUUUACAGAUACGUAUGAAGAACGUAAUAUGCUGAUGGAAGAUGUUUAUCCUAAAAUAAAGGCUCACUGUAAGGAAAAACAUGGACUGGAAUUUCAGGUAAUCGAUAUGAGAUGGGGCGUACCAGAAGAGGCUUCAGACGAUCAUAUGUCAUCCUUGCUUUGUUUGCAAGAAAUCUACAAUUGUCAAAAGGUGUCAACUGGUCCAAGUUUUGUGACCUUCUUAAACCAAAAGCAUGGCUACCGGCCGUUACCACUUACUAUUGUCAGUUCAGAAUACAACUUAUUAGUACAAACAUUGAUUGAUUCUGGUGAAGACUCGGCGUUGCUUGUCAAAUGGUACGAGGAAGACCUUAAUGCAGUUCCACCCGUCCAUGUUCUACAGCCAAUCAGUGCAGUGAUACCAGACUAUAAAUCAAAGACACCCGCUGAAAAAUGGAAAGAAUGGCAACCAAUCUACAAUACUCUAGGACAGAAGUUAAGAUUGGCCAGUCAAAUAUGUUUUGAAAAUAUGAAACUUAGCGAGGAAGACAAACUUAAAUACUUCAUGUCCGUAACAGAAGAAGAGAUCAGUGCGGGAUUACUGAAGUUACCCGGCAACGCCUCGGAACAGUGCCUCUGUUUCAUCAGACUAUUUGAGGAUAUUGACCUCAAUGAUAAAGUUGCCCCGAGGUUCAUUGAUAUGGUGGAAAUUGGUAAUGAUGACAAAUCUGAAAAGCAAAGAAUUAUUGAUGAAGAAGCACAAAAAAUAUUGGAGAAACUGCGAGAUGAAAAAGUAACCAACAAAAUUAAGGAUAAAAAAACAAGCUGGUCAAAAUCUAUUGUGAAAUGGGCUCCUCAUACAGGAAUUGGAAAAGACCUCCAUGAAUCGUACCUAAAGGAAUUUGGAGACAAGUUUUACAAUAGUAUGAUCUCACUGAUUGAUAAAGCUGUCACUAACAAACAAAUGUUACUACAAGAUGGUUUGUAUACUGAGGUUUUACAACAUGCAACAAUGGCAAAGGAAAGAUGUGCAAUAUUCCAUGGACGAGAGACAAUCUUAGACAAGAUUGCAGAUUACUUACAGAGAAAAGACAAGUCACCACUUACUGUGUAUGGUCCUUCGGGUAGUGGCAAAACCUCUAUCAUUGCAGAGGCUGCAAGAAAGGUGCAGUUUGUAAAACAUAAAGAUGCAAUCACCAUUUUCCGUUUCCUUGGAACUUCCCCUGACAGUAGUAAUGUCUACAGACUUUUACAUAGUCUUUGUCAGCAGAUUAUGUUGGUAACUACAGGGAAGGAGCCGAAUCUUCCUCAGGACAUUGAUGAUCUAACACGUUUAUUUCACAAACUAAUUCGAGAGUACAAAUCGAAUAAACCCUUGGUAAUACUACUCGAUUCCUUAGACCAAUUGUCAAAAGAACAUGCUGCUCACAAACUCCAUUGGCUUCCUAAAAAGCUUCCCGAAGACGUGAAGAUUGUCACUUCAACGUAUAUUGAAUCCACUGAUAUAAUCGUAUUGCUUAAGUCUUUGUUCUCACCAGACAGUUUUAUUCUUGUUCCUAAGCUUGGGGAAGAAUUAAGCUGUAAAAUUCUUAAAUCGUGGUUGGAUGGAAAAAACAGAACUUUAACAACCGAACAGUUCAAUGUAAUAGAAAAUGCAUUUACACAAUGUAGUUUACCAAUUUAUGUAAAACUCGUUUUUGAGAGUGUCCUUGACUGGCGAUCGUAUACUGUUGUCGAUGAUAACAGUCUUGCUUUUACUGUCAAGGAGAGUAUUAUUAAACUUUUUGAACAUCUUGAACACAAACAUGGAAAAAUGUUUGUAUCUAGGGCUUUUGCAUACAUCACUGCUUCCAAUUCUGGUCUCAGUGAAACCGAACUGGAAGAUAUCCUUUCAAUCGAUGACACUUUAUUGACUGAUGUGUUUCGAAUCCACGUGCCACCAAUAACAAGGAUCCCUCCGUUAUUAUUUGUGCGCUUGCGCCAUGAUAUAUCAUCUUAUCUAGUCGAUAGGGAAGUAGAUGACACAACCGUAUUUUACUGGUACCAUAGACAAUUUAUAGAAGCAGCUCAGUCAAGGUACCUGUCCGAUGAGAUAUUUGAAGAUCAAAUCCAAUCUACAUUGGCAGAUUAUUUCAUUGGAACUUGGUAUAACAAACCUAAACCAUUCACAUACUCAGAUUACCAGGUCAAAAGGUUAAAGUUAGUCUCAAAUACUAUUGAUACUGAUAGGAAAAUAUCUCCGCAGCCACUAACAUUUAAAUACAUUGUUGAAAACAGAGAAAAAGAGAGAUUUAAUAAACGAAAAUUAAAUCGAUUACCCUACCAUCUUACUAUGGCAGGACGUAUAGAAGAAGUACGUUCUAUGUGUCUAUUUAAUUAUGAUUUCUUGUCAGCGAAAAUCAAAGCUGUGUCUGUUCAACAAGUUUUGGAAGAUUUCACUUUGAGUAAGAAUAACGGGAGUACAUUGUUUAGUGUACUCAAACAGAUUCAAUCGUCACUGAUGGCAUUUCCAAAGACACUAGCGAUUGAAAUAUCUGGGCAUUUGACUCCAUUUCUAGCACAGAAAAAAUCAUCUUUAGAAAAAAUGCUCGUUGAAAAAUGUUUCAACGUCAUCAAAUCUGAAGAUAUGCCUGUACCUUAUCAGACUUCGUUCACAAUACCACACAACGCCUUGAUGUACAAAUUCGAACACGAAGCUGUUCCGUUUGGUUCAAAGGUAGUGAUGAUCUCCAAAGAUUCAAAGCAUCUACUGGCAAUGACAGCUGAUAAUGACUUGGUUUCCUGGGACCUGACAACAGGAGAACUGGAGAAAGAAAUCCGCUUAUAUGAUCCCCAGCUGUUAAAGAUGAAUAUUUUUACCAUUGACAAAGAAAAGGAUGUUUGUUAUUUGUGUUCUAGCUACCAGAAGGCUUCUAAUAUUCUUAUUGUCGUUAACAUGGCCGCCUGUGAAUUGAUCAACACAAUUUCACUUUCCAAGACCUACCCCGGAGUUGGUUUUGCCGACAGUUUAAAAUUCGCUGUCACGAGUGAUAAAAUUUUCUGUAUGUAUGUUGGACACAACAUUGAUGUUUUUGAUAAGGCUACUGGAAAGCAUUUGUUUGCUCUUGAUCAAGUACCAGAUAAGUUUCUGAUGUUACCAGACGAAAAGAAGGCUUUGAUACAUGAGAAAAAUUCAACUAAGUUUUUCAUGUACAACAUUCUGAACAAUAAAAUUGAAAGUGAAUUCAACAUCAAUGAAAAACCUAAAGAUUUUAUUUUAGCUCCUGUUGGAAAAGAGAUCGUAGUAUUGUAUCGUGAUAUAUCAUUGGUGAAGGUGUUUAAUAUAGAUGCGACCGAAGGAAACGUUGGCGAAUUGGUUUGCGAUGUCAAAACAUUAGGUAAAGAGAAAAUUUUAUCAUUGGAAUUUUCAAGCAAUGAAAUAUUUCUUAUGUUGAAAUAUAAUACCGGUGUGUAUUUCUGGAACUACAAACUUAACAAAAUGCAACACCAUUUUCAAAUUCCGGACGAGGUGAAACCAGUUCAUAGGGUAACAGACUUUUUUGGACAUUUAACGCCUGAUGGUGAGCUGUUUGUAGUUGCAUACGAAGGGUUUCUUGUUAUAUUCAGUAUGAAAACCAAUAAAGUAGCUAACAUUAUUGAAAUCAACAGAUCAAAGUCUGAAAUAUUUCUAAUGGCCUCUAGCGGUGAAUUUUUCGUCAACACGUCAUCCAGAGGAAAUGCCAUUUCAACAUGGAGGACAUCUGCUUUGACCAUGAAUGAUAAUCAAAUCCAACCAAUGACGAUGAAGACAGCACCAAGGUACAUUGCAAUCGCAAGGUCGGGAAAAGUAGCGGCAAUAAGAGGUAAUUUAGGAGGAGAACUUGCAAUUUUUGAUUUAGUAGCUGGAACUCAAAAAUUUUAUAUUCAAGGGGAUAUUGAUGUGAUGAAGCCAACUGUCACGUGGGAUGGUAAAUAUGCUGUAGUCCGGGAAUAUCACUCGGACGAAGCUGUUAAAAUAUUUAACACCACUUCCGGUGCUUUAGAGAUGCCAUUACCAUUAACAAGCUUACAAGUUAAAGGUAUCACUACGUGUACUACAAUGGUGGCAGUAUACGUUCAGGGCGAUGAUGAUAAAGUUACUUAUGUAAACUUGUAUAGUGUACCAAAUGGCAAACUCUUGCAUAAACUGCAUAGUGGCAGACCUUCCUUACAUGAUAUGGUUUUUGAUUUCACCAGCAAUGAAGAAAUUUUAAUCGUUUCAUCUCCUCACCUAGAAGGUGACCCUACAGUAGCGGAUAUUACUGCGUAUGAUGUAAAAACAGGUGAAGAAACCUACUUCUUAGAAGAUUGUAGGGUUAGAUUUACUACUGUGGUACUGAACGAACCAGCUUUAUUCAUAACACAAAAUGUGAGAAAAUCUGGUGACAUUGUUAUUGUAGUAGAUCUCCAGUCAAAAAAGAUACUAAGGGAAGGGAAAUUGGAAAACAUGGACAGUCAGAAAGACUGGUCGUCAAGUCCAGAUGGGCGUUUCUGUAUUGACAGAGACCGCCAGCUUUAUGACGUCAUCAAUUUUCAAUUCAAGUGGAAAUACGAUGCUGAAGAAGAGUAUCGAAAGCAAUCAACACAACAAACAUAUCCACGUUUUCUCCAUGACAACCAUACUGUCAUAUUUCCAAAUAUUACUGCAGGUUUAUUGAAGUUUGCAACCAUUGAUUCGCCGGAAAUAAAGUUUGUCUGUCCGGUACACGGGAUACCAGUAUGUCUUGAAGUGACAUCCCUUGGUAUGAUUAUAGUUGGUUGUGACGAUGGUCGAGUCAUGAUGCUUCAUAAAUCUAAUAAAGAUGACAUCGUUACGGCAGCAGGUUUGGACGGUGUAGUUAAAAGGGAAGCAAUCCGUAUCAAGAAACAACCAAAACAGAAAACAAAUAAAUCGUCAGUUUGUACAAUUAUUUGAAUACAUGCAUCUGUGCAAGAUUUCGAUUUGUCUUCAUCUGUGAUAAUAAAGAGAAAAG